AUGAGCAGUCGCCGCAGAAGGUUCAAACGGCAGUUAAUCAAGUUCGCGCGACACGCCUAUAAAUUUAUCUCUGGGACGCUCAGCGCAGACAGAGAGGAUGAUGAACAGGAACAGUGGAUUGUGUCUCAUCGCCCUGAGACUCUGGAGUGUCUACAGGCUCGAUCUCGCUUUGACAGGACAGAGCUUCAGAUUCUGUACCGAGGGUUUAAAACUGAAUGUCCUAACGGCCAUCUGAACGAGGAAACGUUUAAAAAUGUCUUCUCCCUGUUCUUCCCUCAGGGCGAUGCAACAAGAUACGCUCAUUUCCUCUUCAGUGCGUUUGACACGAACCAGAGUGGUUCAGUCACUUUUGAGGAUUUUGUGAUGGGCCUUUCUGUGGUUCUGAGGGGUUCAGUGGAGGAGAAGUUGAACUGGACUUUUAAACUGUACGACAUCAAUAAGGACGGGCUCAUAACUAAAGAGGAAAUGUUAGAUAUGAUGAAAGCCAUUUAUGACUUGAUGGGGAGCUGUACAAACCCUCGGCUUAAAGAGGACACACCCAGACAACAUGUGGAGCUUUUCUUUCAGAAAAUGGACAGAAACCAGGACGGUGUGGUGACUCUCGAUGAAUUCAUUGACUGCUGCCGAAAAGAUGAGAACAUCAUGAAAUCGCUGAAUAUUUUUGAGAAUGCUGUCUAA